AAGCACCGAUUGUUUGACGGAUCGGAUGUCAGUCUCAGAGAUAUCAAAGUGAAUGCCAUUGAUUUGAAUAACGGACAGAAAACCGUACCGUUUGAUAGGAUUUGCAAUGUAUUUGGCGCUAUCGGUAUCGGUCUAUACCCUCAGUACUCACUACUCGGCCACAGCUGUCAACCCAACUGUGCAUUCAUUCCCAUUAUAAGCAAAGGACUAACGACACAAUUGCGGGCAAUGAGACCAAUAGUGGUCGGCGAAGAGAUUACCAUUAGUUUAGUCGGAUUGAGUAAAAGCCGUGCCGACAGACGGGAGGAACUGAAGUUCUGGUCAAUAGUGUGUGAGUGCGACAAAUGUGUCCACCAUUUGGACCGAGGAUUGGAUUAUUUCGCAAAGUUUGCGCUUCCGUUCCCGAGCCAUGUCUUCGCAUUUGACACCCGAUUAAUGGAUUACUUGCGGGAAGUGUUGACUGAUUUGAACGCCACGUUCGGUGAAUACAAUCCGCAGAAGACUAUGUUUCUCUUGAAAAUUGUGUUCGAAUUAAUGAAUUGUCCGCUAAUUCCCGAACCCGUUAUGAAUGAAAUGAAAGCCGAUUUACUGAAAGCAAUU